GGCGAGUUUAGAGGAGUGACCAGCAGGGAUACUGAGAUGUAAUUGUGUGUGAGCCUAAGAAAUUGAGGCUAAAGAGUCAGAGCCUGAAGUGUCAAGAACCCGUUUCCGGCCUAGGGUCUGCACUGUGUGGAGUCGCGUGGAGCAGUCUUGCCUGCAGAGCACACGACCGGGGUCUCGCGGGACCCGUGAACCCCCCUAAGCCACAGGUGCCAGGCGGGGCGUCCUGGGAGAGUCAGCAGCGCCGCGGCGGGAACAGCAGCCUGGCGGCUCUGGAACCUCCCAGGGCUCACUGAUUACCCAGACCAGCUCACCUGUGGAGCAGAACAAAGAGACCUGGAAGAUGGAGAGACAGGAGACAAUAGCUAAGGAUCCAGGACCACAAGCCAGCUAUUCAUUGUUCUUCAAAGAGAAAAUCAAAGAAGAGACACAGAAAGAAAUGGCUGAUUCUCCAUUAAUCAUGUCACAGCGUCUGUUGACAUUUGGGGAUGUGGCUGUGGACUUCCCCCAGGAGGAGUGGGAAUGCCUGGACUCUGCUCAGAGGGCUCUGUACAUUGAUGUGAUGUUGGAGAAUUACACUAACCUGGUCUCUGUGGAGAACUACUGCAUAAGUGAUACUGUCCAUCAACAUGUGAAGACUGAAAAGGAGUCUUGUCAGUGUAAUGAGCUUGGUGAAAUGCUUCAUGAACCCUCCAACUGUGCACUUUAUAUAAAACGUGACACUACAGAAACCUCUAAUAACUACAGAUGCUGUAAGGACAGGGAUGGCUCUGUUGACUUGUUAAAUCCAGAUCGACAUAAAAGCACACACACUGGAGAAGAACUUUGCAAAUCUGAAGACUGUGAGAAAUCUUUAAGUUUGUCUUCCAACCUUAGUGAAGAUCAGAGACUCGAUGCUGCAAACAAACUGCAAAGUCAGAGAGAAUAUGAUGAUGAUUUCAGCUCUGUGUACAGUCUCAUGCAACAAACAAUCGACAUUGGAGAGACACCACACCAAUGUGAGAAAUGCAGGAAAUGCUUCAGUACCGCUUCAAGCCUAACUGUACACCAGAGAAUUCAUACUGGAAAGAAACCCUACAAGUGCAGUGUUUGUGACAAAUCCUUUACCCAGUGCACAAAUCUUAAAACACAUCAAAGACUUCAUACCGGGGAGAAGCCUUACAAAUGCAAUGCAUGUGGAAAGUCAUUUCCUCAGUUGUCAGCACUUAAAAGCCAUCAGAAAUUGCAUACUGGAGAGAGACCUUACAAAUGUAAGGAGUGUGACAAAUCCUUUGCCCACUGUUCCAGUUUCAGGAGACAUCAGAAAACCCAUAGUGCUGAGGAACACUAUACUUGUCCAGAGUGUGGCAAAGUCUUACAUCAGCUUUCACACCUUAGAAGCCAUCGCAGACUCCAUACUGGAGAGAAGCCCUACAAAUGCAAUGAGUGUGACAGAUCCUUUACCCACUAUGCAUCAUAUAGAAGGCAUCAGAAAACUCAUUCUCUAGAUAAAUUUUACAAAUGCAAAGAAUGUGGUAAGUCCUUUCUUGAAUUAUCACAUCUUAAAAGGCAUUAUAGAAUUCAUACUGGUGAAAAGCCUUACAAAUGUGAGGUAUGUGAUAAAUCUUUUACUGUUAAUUCUACUCUUAAAACACAUCUAAAAAUUCAUACGGGAGAGAAACUUUUUAAAUGUAGGGAAUGUGAUAAAUCUUUUACCAAGUGCUCACAUCUUCGAAGGCAUCAGAGUGUUCAUACUGGUGAGAAACCUUAUAGAUGUAAGGAAUGUGACAAAUCUUUUACUGAGUGCUCAACCCUUAGAGCACAUCAGAAAAUUCAUACUGGAGAGAAACCUUACAAAUGUAGAGAAUGUGACAAAUCCUUUAUCCAGCGUUCAAAUCUUAGAAUACAUCAGAGAGUUCAUACGGGAGAGAGACCUUACAUAUGUAAGGAAUGUGGCAAAUCUUUUACUAAAUGUUCAACUCUUCAAAUACAUCAGAAAAUUCAUACUGGAGAGAAACCUUACAGAUGUAUGGAAUGUGACAAAUCCUUUACCCAGGCCUCCCAUCUUAGAACACAUCAGAGAGUUCAUACGGGAGAGAGACCUUACAGAUGUAAGGAAUGUGGCAAAUCUUUUACUCGAUGCUCAUAUCUUAGAGCACAUCAGAAAAUUCAUACUGGAGAGAAACCUUACAAAUGCAAAGACUGUGACAUAUCCUUUAUCCAGAUUUCAAAUCUGAGAAGACAUCAGAGAGUUCAUACUGGAGAGAAACAUACCAUUGUAACUAUUGUGACAUAGCAUUUAUUUGGUGUCCCCUGCUUACAAAUCACAACAGUGUAAGUCAUAGAAACAUAAAAAUAACAAGCUUUUGAAAGCUUCUAGUUAAGGUUUACAUUUAAAAAAUAAAUAAAUAAAAGUUUAUAUUAACAU